CUCAUCCCAUCGCCAGGCGCCGGUCCGUCAGGGCUUGUCACAGCAAAGACUCUUCUCCAUAAUUUCCCACCAGGAACCUUUGCCCCCACUGUCUUCGACAGCCGUGACCAAAUUGGCGGGCUCUGGCCAGUCGCAUGGGAUGGCCAUGUUAGUGCAAGGCAACUGGAUCCCUGGAUGCGCACGAACCUCAGUCGAUAUACCGUUUCUUUCUCCGACCUAGCCUGGGAAUCUGUCAUCCCCGAUACGGAAAUCCCUCUAUUUCCAUGCGCAAAACAAGUGGGCACGUAUCUGGCUAAAUAUUGCGAACGAUAUGUUCCACAGAGCCUGCUGAGACUGGGACAUAGAGUCGUGCGUACGGCACGACGAGUCGAGGAAGGAGUUACACGAUGGACCGUCUAUUGGGUUAUAGAUAGUGCUGGAUCACAUGGCGAAGCUGCUUGUGAAGACUUCGACUUGCUCGUCGUUGCAACUGGGCACUUUGCACGCCCUUAUAUACCUGACAUUCCAGGUCUGGAUCAAUUGCCAGACCGAACCGUACAUAGUUCAGUCCUUCGAUUCGACAAACGUGGUCUUCUUUUGUGCAACAGCACUGAUACAGCCCAUGGCAACGUAGUUGUCAUUGGUGGGAGUAUGUCUGGCGUUGAAGCAGCUUCGGCUGUUGCCCUUCAACAAUCCUCUACAGCACAUUCACCAGAGACGAAACCUCAAUCCUCAAAUGAGACAGCAAUGGUGCAUCAUAUCUACUCGCACCCGUUCUGGACACUGCCAACCUAUCUGCCCCAUGAGACAGGCGACGAUACUAUCUCUUUCCUGCCUCUGGAUCUGGUCAUGUAUGACCUGAGUCGCCGGCCAAAAGGGCCAGUGGAAUAUACAGUAGGACCAAUUCCAGCAGAGAAGGCACAACUGACCAACAAAUACUUCCAUUCUCUACUUGGGACGGAUUACGAACGUUUCGGCCAUGCGCAUCAGCCAUAUGAUGGUGACGAAGCCAACACGCGCGCUCCCUGGGUGGCUAUCGGAAAUGAUUAUGCGGAGUAUGUUCGAUCUCAAGCAAUAGAGCGCACAAUGGGUCGAGCAAUCUCGGUACAGCAUGAUGAUGUUUUAUCGGCUCUUGAAUACUCCGCCGAAGACUCGCAUUCGCCUCUGAUACUUGACAAAGGAGGCACCGUGCGAUUCGAGAUGCCGGAUGUCGGUUUCGUAGGCUUUUAUCGCGGGCCAUAUUGGGGUGUGAUGGAAAUGCAAGCACGAUUCCUGGGCCAGAUCUGGGCUGGAAACAAUGACUUUGCACAUUUGUCUAAAACAGAAGACCAGAGGGAAAGUCUUCGAGCCCUCCGUCAGGCUGACCCGGAACUUCGUCGUGGCCAGUUCCCUAUGGGCGACUAUGUUGGAUUGAUGGAGUCUUUUGCUCGUGACCUGGGCAUUCAUCGCGCAGAGCUAUUUGAAACCGAAGGUAGACCGGGGCCUGUUGCACCAGCUCGAUAUGGCUAUCCUCCAGUGUCUUCCACAAACCCAAGUCAAGGUCAAUUCACAGCCAAUGCCGAAGCCAAUAGCAGCUUGAAUUUUCUCUGUGUUACACUUUCCUCCAGUGAAUCAAUGGCCACGGAGGUUAUCUUCCGCGCCCUGCAUGGGACCUGGAAAGUUCUUCAAACUCAUACCUGGAGUCAAAAUGGCGAAACCAAGAAUGUGCAUGGAAUUGUGACCUUUCACCCGCGCUAUCUGUAUAAUCCGGCAUUGGACAAGGAAUAUGUGUGUCAUGAGUUUGAGCAGUCUGUUUCGGCUCUUGGCAGCUCGUUCUCACUAAGAAAUUCGUGGAUAUUUCGCGCUCCAGAAACUCAUGGAAGUGGAAUCAAAGUCCUCACUGAAACCAGAACGAACGGAAAGACUGAGCAGCAGUUCAAUCAUUACAUACAACCGACAACACCUUUCUAUCACAAGAAACAUGAUGCAGACUAUAUUCCUGGCCAAUACGUGAUUUAUGCCAAAGGCGUCUUUGAACAGGAUGACACGUGCUCGCAGAAGGCUUCACCAUCCGAGUGCAAGUAUACAUUCCAUUUUCAUGGAGUAUCGAUCUCUUCCUGGCAAUGGGAAUGGACCAAUCUGGGCGAUGGAUCACAGAGUGUUGGGAACCAGGUAUCUCAAUCUCGAAAAGUAUAUGAGCGAUAG